UAAAUAUAAAAAUAUCAUCUCAUGCACAAUGAUAAUACAAAAUGUAAGUAUGUAGUUAAAAUCAUAGUUGAAGAUGAGACAAAUAGUGCAAGAGUGACACUUUUUAACGCAGCAGAAACUCUGAUAGGAUGCAAGGCUCAGAAAUUCAUUGCUGAUAUAAAAGAGGGAAAUAAUCAGAGUUCGUUCUUCCAAAAGUUUGUGCUAAACAUCGGAAAGAUAUACAAGUUCCUUGUGAAGUUAGAUGAAAACUCAAAGGAUGAACGUGCACAAGGAAAGAUAAUAGCACAAGAAAUCCAAAUCCAGGAGGACAUCACAAUCAACAUUGACGACGAUGAUGCGAUUCUCAAAUUACCAAAAAAGAAGAUAAAUGUGGAAAAGGAAUGAUCAAGGGACCAAAAUUUUUUUAACAUGAACAAUUUUUAAUUUUCAAUACAUUUACAAAUCUGUUGACCGAUUUUUAACUAACUUUUCAUAUACUUUUAAGAUGAUAAACUGAAUGUUAUUUGUUAGGAAAAUUUAUGAAUUAUAAGCAUAUGCACAUAUAGUUGUUUGAUAACUAUUGCAUGCUUUGAUUAAUUAUGCAGUUAUUAGCUUAAAUUUAUCAUUCAAUUGUGUGAAUCUAAAUAUGUAUUCAGAGAAUACUUGACUUUAUUACUUUUA